UCCACGUCUUCGUCACACAGAGGAAGGAGGGGCUCAGGAAUGUGAUCAGUGAGGAAGCUGCAGGUGUCUGGGUCUUUAAAAGAGCGCCAGAGGUCCAAAGAGGUAGCCUAUUACUUACAGAUCAGUGUGAGAAGAUGAAGGCCGUCCAGGUGAUCUCCUUGACUCUGCUGUGUGUGCUCUCCGCCAGCGCUCAGGUCCUGAAGUUCGGCAGAUGUCCCAAACCUGACGUUCAGGCGAACUUUGAUGUUACCAGGUACGUUGGUAAGUGGUAUGAGAUAAAGAAGCUGCCAACAACCUUCCAGAAAGGCGAGUGCGGCACUGCCACCUACAGCCUGAAGAGCCCUGGAGUCAUUAGGGUCCUGAACAGUGAGCUGCUCGAUGAUGGAACCAUUAAUUCCAUCGUCGGCUCCGCCAAGGUCAAGGACCCAGCUGAGCCUGCCAAGCUGCAGGUUUCCUUUAACAACUCUCCCCCUGGUCCUUAUUGGGUUCUGUCCAGCGACUACGAGGGUCACUCUCUGGUCUACGGCUGCACAGACUUCGGCCUCUUCCACAUGGAGCUGUCCUGGAUCCUGAGCAGAGAGCCCACCCUGCCCGAGGAGACCGUCGAGGAGCUGGAGAGCAUCCUGACCUCUGUUGGAGUCAAUGUGGAGAAGAUGGUCCCCACCAACCAGGACGAGGCUUACUGCAGCCCCAUGCACCAGUACACGGCGACAUACUGAAAAGCUCAGAAUAAAGACACUGCUGUGGCUAAGUGGAUGAUACAGUAUUAACUUGUAAAAAUGUCCUGGUGUAUUUUGGAACAUAAACAGACUGAUUAAAGAAGCGUUUGUGAGAGUUA